AUGACGCAGGGUGGUGGAAGCCGAAAGGAAGCCACCAAGCCGAGAAACCUCCUGUCGACCAGAAGAACCACCAGACUUGGCACAUGGAAUGUUCGUACAAUGUACGAGGCAGGGAAGGCACUGCAGGUUGCAAGAGAGAUGGAGGCCUACCAACUGGACAUAUUGGGUCUCUGUGAGACGAGAUGGACGAAUGCAGGGGAGUGUCAACUUGCUUCAGGGGAAACAGUUCUCUACUCUGGACAUCUGGAGAAAAACUCGCCGCAUACAGAAGGAGUAGGUAUUCUGUUGUCAACACACGCCAAGAUGGCUUUGAUAGGAUGGAAAACAGAGGGCCCGCGACUAAUAUCAGCUGAAUUCCGUUCACACAAGAAAGACAUCAACUUUCAUGUUAUCCAGGGAUAUGCCUCCACCAAUGAUAAGGACCAGGAUGUGAAAGAGACUUUCUACAAAAUGCUACUAAAUACUAUUGAUCAGAUACACAAAUCAACAUGGGUGUCGCCAGACCAACAAACUGAAAACCAGAUUGACCACAUAUGUGUCAACAAGAAAGACAGGAGAUCAAUGAGGGAUUUUAGAGUUUACAGGAAGUGCAGACGUAGCUUCGGACAAAAUCUGCUCAUUUCAACAAUCCGACAAAAACUAAAGCGAAGACAGGGAAUUGUCAAUAAUCAUAGGCACCGGUACAAUGUGGAAUUUCUGAGAGAGCCAUCGUCAAGGGAGGAGUUUAAUGUAGCAGUUAAGAACAGGUUCCAAGUGUUGGAAACACUAGGCGAGGAUAGCAGCGUGAAAGAAACAUGGCAGGCAAUAAAAGAAGGCUGGACCACUGUGUGUCAAGAGGUACUGGGGAAACAGAAACGUGAGCACAAGCCUUGGAUAUCGGCCACCACUCUGAGGAAGAUAGAAGACAGGAAAAAGAAAAAUGACCAGGUAAACAGGAGCAAGACAAGAGCAGCCAAAGCAAAGGCCCAAGAAGAAUACACCAAAGCAAUAAAGGAGGUAAAAGUCAGCGUACGGCAAGACAAAAGAAACUAUGUAGAUGACCUAGCGCGCGAGGCACAGGAAGCAGCAGGGGCAGGAAACAUGAGAGGACUGUAUGAAACCACCAAGAAACUUGCAGGCAGAUACAAGAACGCAGGUGUGCCAGUGAAGGAUAAAGAGGGAAGGCUUUUCACAAAUCCAGACGAACAGAAAGAACGCUGGAAGGAGCAUUUCAAAGAGCUACUGAACAGGCCAAGGCCAGAAAAAACAGUUUGA